AUGUGUCCCAGUGUUGUCCAGCUGGAGAUGAUAUUUGUGUGGUGGGAGCGCUUCAGCAGUGAAUCAGCGGCCUUCUUUCUUUGGAUCAAUCAGAAACAGAAGGAGCUGGAGGCUGUCAACAUUUUCUCCUCCUCUGAUCCUUUAGACAAACACAUCAGCGCUGUAGAGGCCGUGGGGGAAGCUUUAGAGGAGAGAAAGGCGGUUCUUGCACUCAUGGAGGCCGACUGUGAGGCUCUGUCCAGGUUUGUGACUUCUGGAGAGGCCGGUCGCAUCCGGGCGCAACUUAACCAGACGAGACAAUACUGGGAAGAGCUGAAGGGGAGAGCAGAGCAGCUUGGCGUGCAGCUCAACCAGAGCGCCUCCUACAGGCAGAGAUGCAAUGAUAACCUUGAACAGGUUAAGAAAGCAGUUAGUGAUCUGAAUGAAAAACUGGACUGUCUGAUCACAUGCUGCGUAUCGUCAUUAGAGACCUACAAAGCCCUUCAGGAUCACAUUGAGGUCUGCCAGAGUGUUGAGCUUCUGAAGCCCAGGCUUAUGGCCCUGUGUUCGGCCACAAAAAGGCUUGGAGAGGGCAGCCAGCUGGAGAAAGAGGUGGCUAACCUCCAGAAGCAGCAGAGAGAGUUAAUGGAAAAGGCUUCAGAAAAGCAAUCUAUGUUAGAGAGCCUUCUAGCUCUGUGGCAGAGAUAUGAAAAGGAAAAUUUGUCCAUGAAAAGCUGGCUGGACAGGUGUGAGUCUGUAUGCUGCCCAGACACCAAACUGCUCUCUGCAGAUAAAGUAAAGCUUAGGAAUGAAUUACAAAAUGUGCAGGAAAUGCAGGUAGAGACGGUGUCACACGAUACUCUCCUUCAGGGCCUCGUGAAUCUCGGGCUUUGCCUAUACCCCACGGCACCCGAAGCUCGUAUCCAGGAGCUCAGUGAUGAUCUCACACAACUACAGGAGAGAUGCACUUCUGUGAAGAACAGCAUAAUACACAGAAUAAAGCUGCUGGAGCUGCAGUUGGAGCACUUGGAGCAGUUUGAUCAGGCACUGCUGCCCCUUACCCAGUGGAGUGAAAACUUCCUGUCUCUCUUGAGAAGCUCUUCCCAAGUUGAUAUUGCUGAUCUUGAGGCUGCGUUUAUUAAGCUGAAGAGGCCCAAGAGCAGCUCCAGGCAUGGAGAGAGGACUGCCUGCAACCCCUCAGUGAAUCCCAACGUCUCCUGCUGCUUCGUAAAGAGUCCCUGA